AUGCCGGGGGAGGAGGUCGACGCGGCCGCGGCGGAGCCGAUGGAAACGAGCAGCGCAGGCGCGGGGAGCCGCGGGCAGGAGGCGCGGAAGGGUAAGAAGAAGAAGAAGGCGCAGCAGCAGGGGGAAGGGGGGAGCGGAAGCCUUCCGCCGCACCUGGAGGAGCUCCGCUCGCGCGUGAUCUGCGAUAUGGACGCGCCGAAACAGACCCACGCGCUGCAGUAUUCAGGGGCAUUUGCCGCGCUGGGCGUGGACAACAGCAUGACCCUGGAGCGCUUCAGACGGGAACUGACGGUGGAGAUCGUGUCGCAGUCAGCGGACGGCCACGAUCUCGUCUUUGACCUCGUUGGCAUCGACGCUGCUCUCGCCAACGCCUUCCGCCGGAUACUCAUCGCUGAGGUACCCACAAUGGCGAUAGAGAAGGUAUUCAUGGCAAACAACACGUCUCUAGUGCAGGACGAGGUGCUCUCGCACCGCCUCGGCCUCGUGCCUAUCGCUGUCGACCCGCGCCUCUUUGACUUCCCUUCAGAGGAUGGUAUGGCGAGUGAGAGCAACACCAUCGUAUUCAAGCUCGACUACAAGUGCACGCGCAACCCGCCUGCUGAUGGCUCCAGACACGGCUCGGUGCAGUCGAAGCACCUGGUGUGGCAACCCAAUGGCAGCACGUACCCUCCCGACCGCCCCACCAAGUUCACGUCCUUCGGUCGCCCGCAGAGCGAAUUGCAUGACUUCGCCACCCGCCCCCCCGCGCCCACCUACCCUGACAUCACGCUUGCUAGACUGCGACCAGGGCAGGCCAUUGAGUUGGAGGCGCAUGCGGUGAAGGGCAUCGGCCGCACUCACGCCAAGUGGUCGCCUGUUGCCACCGCUUCUUACCGCAUGCUGCCAGAGGUGGUGUUCCGGAAGGCAGUGGAGGGCGAGAUGGCGGAGCAGCUGGUGGCAAAGUGCCCCAUGAACGUGUUUGAUAUCGAGGACAUGGGGAACGGCAUCCAGAGGGCCACAGCCCCGCGUGCGCGCAACUGCACAGUGUGUCGGGAGUGCAUCAGAGAGGAGGGGUGGGGCGACUACAUCCAGCUCAGAAGGAAACGGGACCACUUCAUUUUCUCAGUGGAGAGCACGGGAGCACUGCCGCCCAACGUGCUCUUCACAGAGGCAGUGAAGCUGCUGGAGAGCAAGGCCAGGCGCCUCGCCACCGAGACCGACCGCCUCUGA